AUGACGCUGAGGUACGGUAAUGAAGAAGGCGUUUUCUCCUUCUGCGUGUGUGUGCAUGCACAGCGCUGCGUUAAUAGGUAUCGAUGUGUCUUUCUUUUAUCCGUCAAUGGUCCUUUGCUUCCUUUUUUUUUUUGGGCAGCUUUUUCACCUUUCAGCACCCCUUGUAAGGGGGGCGUGUGUGUUUGUGUUUGUGUAUUUGUAUGUGCGUAUAUUUGCAUGGUGUGGAUGCUUUUGCACCGAUGGGCACAAAUUUCCACCCGCCACAUAUUCCAGCGACCGCUUAAUGUGCCGCAGGGAACAGGCAUAUGGGACGUGGCGUGUUGGGUGCCGCGACGUGCGUUUUUAAUACGCUUUCAAGAGACCCCAAACGAGGCGUGCUAUAAGUUUUUCGUUAACGACGUGGCUUUUCUACCGGCAGGUCACGCCGGCACGUUACGCUUUGAUCUCGACAACUGUUUCCAGUCGCCGCUGGCAGAGAAGAUUCUGCACGGUUUGCCGAUGGUUGAGGAGGUGACGAUUGGGCCACACUUUGUGACGGUGCGGCGUGUUGAUGAUGCCGACGCGGACGCGGCAGCGCGUUACUUCGCACAUAAAAUGGGCAGCCGCACGGACACACCGAAGGAAGCGGCACGACGUUCGGCGGCACUGCAGCAGCGAGUGGUGGACGCCAUGCUGGAGGGGGAUGCUGACGGAGUUCAACCACCACCGACAUCAUCAUCAUCAUCAAACGAUCACGGAGAACAGGGCGUCACGAACAGCAACGGGGAAUCAUCGCUUCAUAGGGAAGAUGCGAGUCAACUAAAACGGGAAAAACUAUCGGAGAAGGAAACAGAGGAGGAGGUAGGCACUGGCGAGCACGUGGAUGAAGCGACACUACGUGAUCUCCUUCUUUCUACCCACUGGAGUGAACUGAAGCUGCACGUGAGUGCGCUCCUCACGGAUCAUCUGUUCAGCGGGAGGCCCCAUGUGGAUCCGGAUGCCCCCCACCCUCACCCGGACACACUGCCACAGGAAGGCGAUUCGGAAGUGGUUCUCAUCCUUAAGGAACUUAUUUCAACGACCAUUCGACCACAGCUCCAGCUUGACGGCGGAGACAUUCGAUUUGUGAGUCUGGAAGGCGGUGUCAUGUAUGUGGAGAUGCUGGGGGCAUGCCGCAGGUGUAAGAGUAGCAAAACAACACUUAGUGAUCUGAUUGAGCGUACCACGCGGCAUUGGGUUCCUGAGGUUCAUGAGGUGCGUGAGGCGGAGCAGCGCAAACCACCGCACAACAACUUUCCCCGCCGCGGCGAGACGAAGUGUAUAAAUCAGGAGAAAAAAGAAACAGAAACAAGAACAACAGUAGCCUGUGACGCGGAAUAA